AUGAUUAAAAAACUCAUUAAACUUUUCUUAGUCCAAUUGUUAAUUGUCAGUGGCAUGGACAAUGAGAGAGGUUCGAAUGAUUCAAUGAUUGAUUUAAAAGAUUUAACAACAAUAGAUCCAAACGUGCCAGUGUAUGAGCAAAUAAUUGUUCCUGAACAUGUUGAACUACUCUACGUUAGUAGUAAAAAUCCCACUAAAACUACCGACACUACUACUGCCACUGCUACAGCUCACACACCUGUAAGCACAUCAACUGACGUGAAAACGAAUGUUCAAGAUAAAGCGUUUGAAGGAGUGAUUAUACCGAAUGCGAAAAUGAAGGUAGAACGACCGAUAGAAGCCAUGGAUGAGAUGAAACAUGUGAUUAAUUUAUAUCUGGAUGGGUUUACCUUUGACAAUGGACCGUUCAAAACCUUGUCAGACCCCGUAAAUGACCUUUUUAUACUAUACGUCAAGAGUGGUAAACCACCACCUGAACUACCACAUGACAUUAACCUACAACUGAUUCAUCAUAAUACCAAUUACUCCCGGAUUAACAGUGAUAUGGCUGCUGGUACUCCCAGUAGUAUAAGUAGAACUGGUACUGGUGUGAAUAUUAAUCCUGGACUGAGGAUAAAAUCUUGUUUACAGGAUGAUACUACGAAUUUGAGGAUUAAGUUAAUUACAGGUGAUAUAAUUACCUUGACAGUCUCACAAGACGCCACCAUCCGUUCGCUCAAACAAUUCAUCAAAAAAUACGUCAGCAAUCUCAAACAGGUUAACAAGAACAACACUACUGGCGGUAGUCUCAAGGGUAGUACUAUGCAUGAAGAGCCGAGAUUAUUCUAUCUAUUUCCACAGGAAAAGUUGAAUUUUGAUGACUCUACAACACUAAAAGAGGCCAAUAUUCUCAACUGGACUGUAUCGAGUGGAUCAACUGACGAUGUGGAGGAUCAGACGAGAGGCCGUGGUAGAAGAAUGGUGUUAACAAUCCAGGUUGUUGAGCCAUUUGCCAUGUUUAGAACUCCACGAUCCGGCACUAACUUACGUAGCACUAUACCAAGUGACGACAAUGUGCCUGAGCAAGAUGAAGUCACUUUUCUGACCAUACCAGCUGAAGUCACUGUAACCAGAAGAGCUCUGGACAAUACUGCUACCAGACCAAUUCAGGACACUGCUACUGGACCAAUUCAGGACACUGCAACCAGACCAGAUGAAAUUACCAUAACUAGAACAACUCAGGACACUGCAACCAGACCAGAUGAAGAUAAAUCUGAUGAACUCACAGAAGUUAAAACUGAUGUAACCAAGGCAACCCAGGAAACCAGUGUCACAAUACCAAGUGAAGACUCUUCAAAUGAACCAACAGAAGUUAAAACUGAUGAGAAAACAGAUGAAUCAACAGAUGAGAAAACAGAUGUGAAAACUGAGGAAUUAACUGAUAGAGUUGAUGAGGUGAAGAUUCAGGUUGAGGAUGUGGAAGGAGCAAGUGGUAAAGAUGACAAGAGCCGUUAA